AUAUCACCGUAGUGUAGCUGGUUCCUGUACCGAAUAGAAUGGGCUGUGCGAACCGACACCGUCCGCAGUGCUCUCCCCGAGCUCCGGGCCCGUGUUCGCUCGGUGUAUACAGAGGCUAACCAGGAUAACAGCACAGAGGACGGUCUGUACUACGGUCAGUGGACCGUCGCUCUGGUUGACGGUGUGUCCAGCGGGGAAGGGGACGGUACCGCCCCGUCUGACCGAGGUGCGUCUGUUGUUCGUCGGUAAACAGUGCGCUGGUCUGCGGGCCUCCAGCCUGAGCUCUGCUCUGCGGCUGUCUAUAAGAGUGUGAGGGCCAGCCUGCAGCAGAGAGUGCCCGCCUGCAGCAGUAAGAACUCUUCACCUGUCUUCACCUGUCAAGCUCCGCAGUUGCAGCCUUCAGCCCCAGAGGCCUUCAGUCCCAAGCUCACAUCUCAGGAGGUGGCAGCGAUUGCUGCCUAUCUGCCUCCAGAUGAAUGAAGAGUGCACUGGGAGACAAAGACACUGCUGAUGCAGGACAUACAGGUGUGUCUGUAAAUAUGAUGAAGAAGAAGAAUCCCCACAAGAAGCACAAAGGCAGCGUUGGGGGAGCCAAGGCUGUGUCACCUGCACGGAGGGACAUGGUGGGCUGCCGCAUUCAGCACGUGUGGAAAGAUGGAGCCACUCAUGCUGUGUGGAAGGGCACUGUACUGGACCAGGUGCCAGUGAACCCCUCCCUCUACCUGAUCAAAUAUGACGGCUUCGACUGUGUCUACGGCCUGGAGCUACAUAAGGACGAGCGUGUGCAGGGACUUGAGGUGCUGCCGGACAGAUUGGCCAAGUCGCGGCUGACGGACGUGAGUCUGGCCGACGCGAUGAUUGGGAAAGCAGUGGAACACAUGUUUGAAACGGAGGAGGGGCCCAAGGAGGAGUGGAGAGGGAUGGUCCUGGCCCGCGCGCCCAUCAUGACCUCCUGGUUCUACAUCACCUAUGAAAAGGACCCUGUCCUCUACAUGUACCAGCUCCUGGACGACUACAAGGAGGGAGACCUGCGCAUCAUGCCAGACAACAAUGAGGGCGGACCAGUGGAGCGCGAGCCCGGGGAGGUGGUGGACAGUCUGGUGGGGAAGCAGGUGGAGUACGCCAAAGAGGAUGGAGGCAAGCGCACGGGCAUGGUCAUCCACCAGGUGGAGGCUAAGCCCUCCGUGUACUUCAUCAAGUUUGACGAUGACUUCCUCAUCUACGUCUACGACCUCGUCAAGACAUCAUAAUGAGACACCGCUGAAGACAAAAGACAAGCAGGCACUGUAUGGAGAGGACUGUCCAGCCCCCCAAAGUCUAAACCAUUUAUUGUUGCCCCAAGUCACAAGGCUGUACAGUGUGAGAAGGCCAAAAACCCAACAGUCAAACACACCAAUGUCCUCAAGUGAGAUAAGCAGAUGGAUCAUGUCCUCAUCGUCUGUCUUUCUCUAUAAAAACUCAAGGAGAACCAAACUGAAGGAGAGCUCGACUCCCAGGACUAGACCAGGACUGGAACAGCACUGAACAUGCACUGCACUAGGACCGGACUGGGAAAGAACCAGGACAGGACCAGGACAGAACCAGGACCAGGACAGGACCAGGAGAGAACCAGGACAGGACCAGGACAGAACCAGGACCAGGACAGGACCGGGACUAGGACAGGACUAGGACUAGGACUAGGACAGGACCAGGACAGGACCAGGACUAGGACAGGACUAGGACUAGGACAGGACUAGGACAGGACUAGGACCAGGACAGGACCAGGACAGGACCAGGACCAGGACAGGACCAGGACAGGACCAGGACAGGACCAGGACUAGGACUAGGACAGGACCAAGGCAGGACCAGGACAGGACCAGGACUAGGACAGGACCAAGGCAGGACCAGGACCAGGACUAGGACAGGACUAGGACCAGGACAGGACCAGGACAGGACCAGAACAGGACCAGGACAGGACCAGGACUAGGACAGGACCAGGACCAGGACCAGGACCAGGACUAGGACAGGACCAGGACAGGACUAGGACAGGACCAGGACUAGGAUAGGACCAGGACCAGGACUAGGACAGGACCAAGGCAGGACCAGGACCAGGACUAGGACAGGACCAGGACAGGACUAGGACAGGACCAGGACUAGGAUAGGACCAGGACAGGACUAGGAAAGAACCAGGAUAGGACCAGAACAGGAGCAGGACCAGGACCAAGACAGGACCAGGACAGGAUCAGGACUAAGAGGCUCUAGAUAUGUCCAGGAUUUUCAUUUGUAGAAAAAGUGCUUUGAAAAAGCCCAACCUGUAGCCUGUGUUUAAGGAAUACAAUACCAUAUUUCGCAAAGAACUACCUGGAAAUGCAGCCAACACAAUGAUGCUUUGAGUAGGUUUACAAAGACAAGAUGAAAAAUCGAAUUUGAAGAUGGCGGUGAGAUGAGCAGAGACGUGAGUUGUUUGUUGUUUCCUGUACAGUGUCAUAUCAAAUGCAGGUCUUAUUGCACAUGUAGCCUGAAAAGUGUCUGCGCUUCGGUCACACCCAGCAUCGCAAACGAUUCUUUCAUGUGGUGAUUUGUGUCUUCAGAUUUUUAAACUACAUUUUAUAAAAAUAGACAUUAACUUAAAUUGCAAAUUUCUCUAAAUCUAAACACAUGUUCCAAGUUGAUUUCAACAAUCCUUCAUGCAUGUUCAUAUGUUUAUCAUUUGGAUAAAAUCUUGUCAGUACUGCUGCACCUUCUAAAUGUCCUGUUAUCUAUGAGUUCAAGAAACAAGGACUCAAUCUUUGGGAGGAAAAUAUUUGUACACAAAAGCUGUAAAAAUAUCUGACCGAAGAGGGGAAUUUUUGUACAAAUCCUACUUUGACUGUAACACGUGUUUGAUCUGAACUUCAUGGCAAACUGACUGGAAACUCUGAGAUGUCUCUGCUUCUUAUGUGUCCUUCAGCAGCAGAUCUGGGCUGCAUCCCAUUUCUCCUAAAGUGCCUCCUUGGCUCCACUCCUCGGCUCCACUCCUCCAUCCUACACCCUCCACUCGCCCACAACAACUCUACAAAAGUGAUGUUUCAUUUGUAGUGACUGGUUCCCCAAACUCACUUUAAAGGAACUGUAUGUAGCUUGCAUUCUUUCUGUAAAAAAAAAAACAAAAAAACACAAAACUGUACUACAAUCACAACUGCAAGAACUUUAACCUGCAGAUAGGACACAUUCAAGUUUUUUUUCUCAUUCUAUAUGGACAGACCAUGCCUCAUGCAAAAUGCCAGAACCUCCAGAAUUCACUCACUGAGCUGCAGAGGCUGCUCUAGCACGCAUGAUUGGCUGCAGGUGCUGAGGUUUAGGUAGUGACCAUUCAGAUCGGAGAGUCCUUUUAGGUUUAAACCAACUGGAUUUCAGCACUGAAACUGGCAGCUCAUUCUGCUUUCAA